CCUGCUUACACCUACCGCUGCAGCUAUAAUGCUUAACAAUUUAAAAUGUGAACAUUUAAAAUUUAAAUAAACCGUUACUGAUAAUAAUAAUGUUUAUCGCGUAAUUCAUAAAACAAGCGCAAUAGUAAUAAUUUAAAAAUCGUAUAAUUACAUUAGAGAUUAAUUAUUCUCCGUAAUAUUCUGAAUGACUUGGCUUUGGGACAAAGUUCGCAAGUCUUUCUUGAACAGGACAUUAACUUUUGCUGUAGUGCCAUGUGUUAGUAGACCGUCUAUUGAAGACCAUUUCCAUCCGAAAAAUGUAGAGACUUGCGAGAAUUCGGAAGAUUACUGGGACCGUCUUAGUCCGUGUCCUUUUUGUGGCCACGAAGACAGCCCUAUACAAGCAAGAAGUCAAAGGUCGUGCAGUGAUCCUACCGUACCUAGUUUUUCCAGACUUCCACCAAUAGAUAAUUCAGACCACCACGUUGCUUAUAGACCAGUGUUGAUUUCUAAGAACAGUGAAAGUUCCAAAGAAAAGGAUUGUUUAAGUACUAAAAGUACAUUUCAGACUGAAUUAAAACCUCAAUAUCCAACUAGACAUGAGACGAGGGAAGAUUUUUUACAAGAAGUACGGAAAGCUCACACAAAUGAAAACUUUAUUACAAUUCAAACGUUUUAUAUGAGAUCAUUUGAAUCGUUUAGUGAAAUCUGCGCACUUUUUAAGGCCAAUCCAAACCAAUCCGGAGCCAGAUUAGAAGAUUCUGAUUUAAAAUUAGAAUUUAUCUAUGCGGUAAAUGACGCUCUCAGAGAUAUGCCGAACGUAAUCCAUAAAACUGUUUUAAAAUCCAUAGUUAACGCUUUGUUAGAGAAGAAAAGAAUUCUAUAUCAAAAGGAUGAAGUUAGAGCUCUUUAUGUACUUCUCCAGUGUCCAGUGUUUGGAACACAAAACAGUGCGCCGAUAUUUGCUCAUUUGCUUAAUCAAGUGGCGCAUUUAAAUAAAGACGAUCACCAGCUAUUAGUAAAUUGGUUUAGGAUUAUGGAACUGGAUAAACUAAGAUCAUUAAUACGGUAUAUUAUGCAGUUUAUAUCUUUGAGACAAUUUUCUCCCGUCGAUAAAACUUUACCGCCUCUCGUGAAAACACUUUGGUGGAUUCCAUCAGCAAUUAAAACUUUAGCACUAAUAAAUUCGGCCAAUCAAUUAGGACCAAACAUAUUACACUUUACCGAGUUGUAUAAUUCAGCGUUGGAUCACAUAGAUCUCAUGCGCGAUUAUUACAACUGGCAAACUUACGGACCCUAUGAAAGUUUUGCUUACUGUCAAUACCCUUUCAUUCUUAGCAUCGUUGCAAAGAGAAUUAUACUGACCAAGGACUCUGAACAGCAAAUGAUACUCAACGCAAGAAAAUCGCUUGUGUCUAAAGUCGCACGACGGCAAACGCCAAACAUAGAUAUAUUUUUCUUUAACAUAAACGUCCGGAGAUCACAUCUAGUGCAAGAUUCACUAAACGAGAUUGCAUUCAAACAGAAGGAUUUAAAGAAAAAACUAAAAGUCACGUUUGCUGGCGAACCAGGUCUGGACAUGGGCGGUCUGACAAAGGAAUGGUUUUUGCUCUUGAUCCGUGAAAUCUUUCACAGAGACUAUGGCAUGUUCGUUUAUUAUCCACAUUCACGGUGCUAUUGGUUUAGCACAGGACAAACCGGUCACAGCAACCUGAGGGAAUACAACUUGAUCGGCGUUCUCAUGGGUCUAGCCGUUUAUAACUCAAUCAUACUCGAUCUGUGUUUUCCCGGUAUAUGCUAUAGAAAACUGUUGUCGCCCCCAGUGGUGCCACCUACAAACGAAAACGUGGGCGUAGUACAAAAUCCUACAUUGGACGAUCUCAAUGAAAUAAUGCCGGACGUAGCAAAAGGAUUAAAACAACUAUUGGAGUAUGAAGGAAAUGUCGAAGACGAUAUGGGACUUACAUUUCAGGUGUCUCUGGAGGAACAUAAAACGGCCAAAACGUAUAAACUGAAACCUAAUGGCGAAAAUAUCCCAGUGACAAACGAAAGUCGAGAAGAAUACGUUAACUUGUACUUAAACUGGGUCCUCAACGUGGCUAUGUAUGAACAAUUCCGUGCGUUUUAUUUUGGUUUCCAUAGCGUUUGUGCUUCGAAUGCCUUAAUCAUGUUGAUACCGGAAGAAGUCGAGCUAUUAGUCUGCGGCACCGAAACGUUGGACUUGCACGAACUGCGAAAGGUCACCGAAUACGAUGGAUAUAAAUCGGACGAUGAAAUUAUUGGGGAUUUUUGGAAUGCCGUCGAGUCGUUUUCGGACGACCAAAAACGAAAAUUUCUAAUGUUCGUCACCGGCAGUGAUCGUGUUCCCGUCGGCGGGAUGGGAGACAUGAAUUUCAAAAUUACCAAAGGCCCAAAUAGGUUGGACUACUUACCCGAGGCUCACACUUGCUUUAAUCAAUUGGUGUUGCCACAGUACCAGGACUGCGGACGGCUCAAAGAAAAAUUGUUGACGGCUAUAUUCAACUCCGAAGGCUUUGGAAUGGAAUGAAACACUAUUAUACUUAAUACCCGUUUAAAUAGUAUAUACUAUGCAACCGUGGUCCCUGUUUGUAUGGUGUUUGUGUGUAUGCGAUCAAUGAUAAUGGAAGAAUCGACUUUACCAAAUUUUCAUUUGCCUUUGAUUUGUGUACGUUUGAGGAGAACGGAAAGUGCUUUUUAUUAAAGGGCAAAUGAUAGGCAAUAUUUGACCAAAAUGUAUAGUAGCCAUUCUGUAAAUACGCCGACUAAUUUUAGGGAGAAAAAAUUUUGUGUUUUAUAGUUGUAAAACUAUUUAAGUUUUUUUUUUCUGAGUUGUGGCCAAAGUUUGAUCAGAAAUAACUUUCGUAGAAGUCGUUUUAUGGAGUAGAUAAGGUAUUGGUCCGAUUUCAAAUUUACUAUAUUAUUGACUAAAUGGCCGUUUUUUGAUUUAGUUAUUAUUUCGAAAUUAGUCAGAUUUAUUAGAAAAAACUAUAAAAUAUUAUUACAAUUUUGAAAAUAAAAUUUCGGCCUUUUAGCCCUCGUAGAGAAGACGUUAAGUCAGAAAGUGACUUCGCGUUUUAGUUUUUAUUUGUAUAUAAAAUUUAGCACUUUCCGUUUCCCUUAACGAUAAUAAUAUA